CUGUGCAUGUCACGGCAGCUGUGGCGAAGAGGCACCCUACUGCCAGCACAACAAAAGUCACUCCGACACACUGCUGUAGGUAACAAACGACGGUCCACGUUCUGAGCUUGGUUAAUGAAUGUUUUGAUUAUUGACCUCCGGAAGUUGUGACCAUCUCAUAGUUAGGACAGACUGAAACGCGAAUUUUUGUUUUUAUGUUUUCGGCGGUUGAUGAAGCUUGACUCCUAAGCCAGCCACUGGGACCCGAAGAUGAACGGCUCCGACUCGGGAAUGGACAGCAACGAGGGCCCCGCGUUGGAGAACUUGUACGAGGAUGCGGAGAAGUCCGGGGAUACCGACGACCAGGAUGACGACAACACGGACGACGAUUUGGAUGAGAAUGAGGACGGCGGUAAAGGGGAAGACAAAAAGAAUCCUGGCGAUGAGCCUGAGGAAUGGAAAGUCAAGGCAAACGAUCGAGAGUUCAACGGCCAAUUCACGGUCCCAAAAUAUCACUGUAUGAAGCAAAAACGGUACAAGGGGAAUUACAUCAAAACUGCCAAGUACAACCUCGUGACUUUUCUGCCCAUGAAUCUGCUCGAGCAAUUCCAACGGGUGGCCAAUGUGUACUUUUUGUUCCUGCUGAUCCUGCAGGCCAUCCCAAUCAUCUCGUCCCUGGCGUGGUACACCACCUUUGUACCGCUGGUUAUUGUGCUCUCAAUUACUGCCAUCAAGGAUGCUGUGGAUGAUAUUUCAAGGCACAGAAGUGACAAGCAGAUCAAUAACAGGAAAUGUGAAAUAAUGCAAAAUGGAAGCUUCAAAGAAGAUAAGUGGAUGAACAUACAAGUGGGAGACCUCUUAAGGCUAAAGAAAAAUGAUUUUGUGCCAGCUGACAUGCUGCUGCUGUCUACAACAGAACCCAACAGCUUGUGUUAUCUGGAGACAGCUGAGCUGGAUGGAGAGUCCAACCUGAAGUUCAAGCAGGCCUUGACGGUGACACACAACAAUCUGACAAAUGAAAAAGAACUCUCUGACUUUAAUGCCAUAAUUAUGAGCGAGGCUCCCAACAACCGCUUGGACAAGUACCUGGGCACCAUGCAAUGGAAGGACAAGAUGUACUCGCUGGACAAUGACAAGCUGCUUCUUCGUGGCUGCCGCAUCCGGAACACGGAGACUUGCCACGGACUCGUGAUCUUUGCAGGUUUUGACACCAAAAUAAUGAAAAACAGUGGGGAGACGAAGUUCAAGAGGACACAAAUUGACAAACAAAUGAACAAAAUCGUUUUUAUGAUUUUCGGCAUGCUGCUUGUGAUGGCCACUGGUCUUGCUAUUGGCAACACCAUAUGGGAGCUCGUCCAUGGGCAGGGCUUUGGGCGAUAUUGCAGUGGCAUCACCGGAGACCCUGCCGUUCCCACCCCCGACACCGUGAGUGAAUGGGCGGUUUGGACCGGCUUCCUCAAUUUCUGGGGCUACAUCAUCCUUCUCAACACCGUGGUGCCGAUCUCGCUUUACGUCAGCGUGGAAGUCAUCCGCUUGGGCCAGAGCUUCUUCAUCAACUGGGACUUGCGGAUGUACUUCAAGGUGAACGAUACUCCGUCCAACGCGCGCACCACCACGCUCAACGAGGAGCUGGGCCAGAUCGAGUACAUCUUCACCGACAAGACGGGCACGCUCACGCAGAACAUCAUGACCUUCAAGAAGUGCUCCAUCUCAGGAAUGGCCUUUGGCAACACUGCAAAGGAAGCAAAAACGCGUUCAGUUAGAAAGAACCCCGUGGAUUGGAGCUGGAACGAGCGGGCUGACAAGAAUUUCGAGUUUCACGAUCACAGUCUGGUUAACCUGGUGCGCCUAAAGAAGGAUCCCACCGCUUGCGAAUUCUUCAAGCUGCUCGCGCUCUGCCACACUGUCAUGGCGGAGGAAAAAGAGGGUGACCUCAUUUACCAGGCUCAGUCGCCAGACGAGGGGGCGUUGGUGACGGCCGCCCGCAACUUUGGCUACGUGUUCUUGGACCGCACGCUGGAGAGCGUGACCAUCGCCGAGCUGGGCACCGAGCGUGUCUACGAGCUGCUCAACAUCCUUGACUUCAACAGCGACCGCAAGCGCAUGUCCGUCAUCGUCCGGAGCCCAGAAGGAAAGUUGCGAUUGUACUGCAAAGGAGCCGACACGGUGAUCCUGGAGAGGCUUCAGAAGGACGACCCAAAUCGUGAAAGAACAGAGAAGGACCUCAAUACAUUUGCCGCCGAGAGCCUACGCACGCUGUGCCUGUCCUACAAGGACCUGAGCGAGGAGGAGUACCUGGAUUGGAGCAAGAAGUACGAGCAGGCCAGCAUGUCCCUCACCGACCGUGAGAAGAAGCAGGGCCUUGUGUACGAGAAGAUUGAAACGAACUUGAAGCUUUUGGGAGCGACGGCCAUCGAGGACAAGCUUCAAGAUGGUGUCCCGGAGGCAAUCGCCAAACUGGCAGCAGCAAAGAUAAAGAUUUGGGUCUUAACAGGAGACAAACAAGAAACCGCAGAAAAUAUUGGCUACGCCUGUCAGCUUCUGACUGAAGACAUGCAAAUAUGCUAUGGAGACGACGUUAGUACAAUGCUGAGUGAUGUACAAGCGUGUCAGACGAUCAAGAGAGAUGCGAAGGGAAAGGAAGCGGAAGUGGACUUCACAAAGCAGUUUCUCAAGGGGAAGAAAAAUGCAAUCAUUAUAACUGGUGGCUGUCUGAACGGCAUCCUGACCGACAACAAACAGAAACGUCUGGACAGACUCAAACUGCCCAGGCGACGCAAGCCCCGGGGCGGGGGAGCAGCAGCAGCAGCAGGCUGCGAUGUCUCCAUGGAGCAGCUCGGCGACGCGAGGCAGCAGGCGGAGCAGCGCGAGGAGGAGAAGCAACGGGAGAUCCUGAAGAGGGAGAGGAUCGAGAAGCGCUUCGUGAGCCUGGCCUGCGCCUGCGAGGCGGUCAUCUGCUGCCGCGUGUCGCCCCGUCAGAAGGCGCGCGUCGUGCGCAUGGUGAUGAAGCACAAGCAGGCCGUCACCCUGGCCAUCGGCGACGGCGCCAACGACGUCAACAUGAUCAAGACGGCUCACAUCGGCGUGGGCAUCAGCGGGCAGGAGGGCAUGCAGGCCGUCCUGUCCAGCGACUACUCCUUCGCUCAGUUCCGCUUCCUGGAGCGCCUGCUGCUCGUGCACGGCCGCUGGUCCUACCUGCGCAUGUGCAAGUUCCUGCAGUACUUCUUCUACAAGAACUUCGCCUUCACGCUCGUUCACUUCUGGUUCAGCUUCUUCAACGGCUUCUCCGCCCAGGCUGUGUACGACGAUUGGUACAUCACCCUCUACAACAUGUUGUACUCGGCUCUGCCUGUGCUGGUGAUGGGACUUUUUGAUCAGGAUGUGAGCGACUCCAAGAGUUUCAAGUUCCCGGAGCUGUACGAAACCGGACAAAAAAACCUCAACUUCAACUACAAGAUCUUUGGGAGAUGCCUGAUUCAAGGCAUCAUCACCUCGCUCAUUAUCUUCUUCAUCCCGUACGGUGCCUUCCUGGAGACGAUGCGAAGCGAUGGCCUGGCACCUGACGACUACCAAUCCUUUGCCGUCGUCACAGCCACUUCCCUCACCUUGAUCGUCAACUUGCAGAUUGCCCUGGACACAGCAUUCUGGACAUACUUGAACACUUUCUCAGUUUUCGGAAGCAUCGCCCUCUACUUUGCCAUCAUGUUUGACUUGCACAGCGACGGACUGCACUACAUCUUCCCAAGCAAUUUCAAGUUCACAGGAACGGCCAGCAACUCCCUGAAGCAGCCCUACCUGUGGCUCAUCAUCAUCUUGACAGUGGCCAUUGCUCUGAUCCCUGUCAUUGCCAUGAGGUUCUUCGUUCGUUGUACCAAGCCUACACUUCUCGAUAAGAUCCAAGAUGGCAUCCACAAAGCGACGCCACCCGCACGCGAGCCCUUCAAGCGGCUGGGCACCAUGCGGCGUUCCACCUACGCGUACUCGCACACGAAGGGCUUCGGCGACCUCAUCACAUCCGGCCGUAGCAUACGCAGGAAGAACCCGGCGGCGAAGCCCAGGGCCGAAGAGGUGGUGCACCAACAUGGCCGAUACACGAAGACCGAUCCGGAGGUGCAGAGCAUCGCUGACUCGAUGGUCAAGGUGCCCAUCGACACGGGCAACGUGGCCGAUAGCUCCAUCUUGAUAUAACACGAAGUUAAACGAACUCAAACCAACACGUCAGCUUGGGCCUUGACUUCAUUGUGUGGUAAAUUGCACGGGAUCACCUUUGUGUGGCAAGGUUCAUUCUGCAGCAGUUAACAUGGAAAUAUGUCUGUUCCAGAUAAGUGCCUUACAGCUGUGGCUUUAGGGGCCAGUGUCUUUAUUUUAUGUGUGUUUUAUUGCACGAGGUUGGAGUCCUUGUCGAUAUGAUCACGUUGCACAAUUUGUGGGGCUUUCAUACGUGAAUGCCUGGGCAUAUUCUUGUUUAACAGUAUAACGUCUCCAAAGUACUGUAUUUUCUACAACUUGCUUUUUUUGUCAUGCAAGAGUAGGACAUCUCUUUCAUCUGGUGGUGUAGACCUUUUAUACAGCACCGAGAUUCUAUCCAUUUUAAUACCAAUAUUUUUUACAUCAGGAGCCACUAAUACAUCUAAAAAGGUUAUGUAAUUUAUAUUCUUUAGUUUUGCAAAUUAAAUAGAAAUGUGAAAAGUGUUUUUUGAUAUUGGUUGUCAUUUUACAUCUUAAGAGGGAGAAAAUGCUGUAAAUGAAGUGGGGGGAAAACCCGAUGGUAUUGCCAUAAGCUGCAAUUCGCGAAGCUUAUUUGCAAAAUUAUUAUACACAUGUUUGCAAAAAAAAAGAAUAAUUUAAAACUGUUUGUCAUAAUAAAACAAAUGUUUUCCAUGUAUCGAAUGUUCAAUAGAAAUGAAAAUAUUUUAUCCAUGUGGAUUUUUUUUACUUGUUCACAUUCUUUGAAACUGUGCCAGCAUACCUGUGAGAAAAAUAAUGUCCACCAGUUGUCCUGUAGAGGUGUCGAAGCUAUUUGGUCAACGAUGUGGUGUGUCCAGUUUGGUGUCUGCAUUGGAUGAGAAACAAAAUUAUAUAACCUUUUAUUUCUGAACCUCCAACCCAGCUCUAGAUAUCAUAACAACACGCUUUGCAUUAUCUUCCUGCAUCUCCUACACUUAAAACAGUGGGUAUAUAGGACACAUUGGGAUCCUGGCCAUAAGUGUUCCAUUUUGGAAUUGCUCGUUUAUUUGUAUGUUAAGACAUGGAAAACAAAUACAUUGAGGCUAUGGAGUAAAUAAUCUCUGCCAGGGCAUUGAUUUGCCCACAAUUCAUAAAGUGUUGGUGUUUACCAAAAAAUUGCAAUGGAUCGUCACGAGAAAGAACAUUUCUCAAGUACAGGGAUGUUAUUGCGUAAUCCCAUUGAAGUGCUUAUGUGCCAUUGUAGUUAAUUUCUGUUCUGUAAAAUAGUUAAUAUUUUGAGCAUUAUUUAAAUCCAUUUGUGUAAUUCUAGAUGUACUGUUAUGCAACUUAGUUAAAUGCAUUAUUCUUCUUUGAAAAUAUCAGGUACAAUGUUUCUUUCCUGGGAGAGUGGGACAUGUUACUCGAUAGGAAUGCGAAUUGUCUUGUGCAGUUGCCGAUUUUUUUUCUCGGGCUGCGACUGAAGCACAGUUUUUUACAUUGCAUCACUGUGUAUCUUGGGGCUAACUUCCACAUGCAGUCCUGGUAAGUACCUUGGAUAACAUUUCCGUUCAACUUCAGGAUUUGUUUUAACAUGUAAAUAAAUGUUUAAAAUGUG